AUGAGCAAAUUAGACGAAGAAUUUGCCAAGAUGCUGUUGACAAAAGAGGAGCGGAUAACGGAAAUGGAGAGGCUGCUGUUGGCGAAAGAGCAGGAGGUGAAUGAACUGAAGAGAAAGCUGCACAAAUGUCAGUCAGUGCUGCCGAGCGCUAUUGGACCCGGACCCAGAACCAGGCGCGCGCAGGGCAUCUCCGCGGAACCGCAGACCUUCAGGUCCUUCCAGGACUUAAAGAGCGAAGCUUUGCGCAAACACCCCAAGUCGGACAGGUCUAAAGAACUAAUCAAAGAAGCCAUUCUUGACAAUGACUUCAUGAAGAACCUGGAGCUGUCUCAGAUUCAGGAGAUUGUGGACUGCAUGUACCCUGUGGAGUAUGAUAAAGAAAGUUGUAUCAUCAAAGAAGGCGAUGUGGGCUCCCUGGUCUAUGUCAUGGAAGAUGGCAAGGUGGAGGUGACAAAGGAAGGCAUGAAACUCUGCACCAUGGGACCAGGGAAGGUGUUUGGAGAGCUCGCCAUCCUCUACAACUGCACCAGGACUGCUACGGUACAGACCCUCACAAAUGUGAAGUUAUGGGCCAUCGACCGCCAGUGUUUCCAGACCAUCAUGAUGAGGACCGGACUCAUCAAGCAUGCAGAGUACAUGGAGUUUCUGAAGAGCGUUCCGACAUUCCAUGGCCUUCCGGAAGAAAUACUCAGCAAGCUAGCUGAUGUGUUGGAGGAGACUCACUACAGUGAUGGAGAGUACAUUAUCAGACAAGGUGCCAGAGGGGACACGUUCUUUAUCAUUAGCAAGGGAAAGGUGAACGUUACUCGAGAAGAUCCACCCAAUGGAACCCCUGUCUAUCUGCGGGCCUUAGGUAAAGGAGACUGGUUUGGAGAAAAAGCUCUUCAAGGAGAAGACAUCAGGACGGCUAAUGUCAUCGCCGCUGAAGCUGUCACCUGCCUCGUCAUCGACAGAGAGUCCUUCAAACACUUGAUUGGAGGUCUGGACGAUGUCUCGAACAAAGGCUAUGAUGAUGCUGGCGCCAAAGCAAAAUACGAGGCAGAGAAUGCCUUCUUCUCCAACUUGAAGCUGGUGGACUUCAACAUCAUCGACACCUUGGGAGUUGGAGGAUUUGGAAGAGUUGAGCUGGUGCAGCUCAAGAGUGAAGAGACCAAAACGUUUGCAAUGAAGAUUCUGAAGAAGCGUCACAUCGUGGACACGCGGCAACAGGAACACAUCCGCUCUGAGAAACUGAUCAUGCAGGAGGCCCAUUCAGACUUCAUUGUAAGGUUGUACAGGACUUUCAAAGACAGCAAAUAUCUGUACAUGUUGAUGGAGGCCUGUCUAGGAGGAGAGCUUUGGACCAUUCUUAGAGACAGAGGAUCAUUUGAAGACUCUACUACACGGUUUUAUACAGCCUGUGUGGUUGAAGCCUUCGCUUACCUGCAUUCCAAGGGAAUAAUUUACCGUGAUUUAAAGCCAGAAAAUCUCAUUCUAGAUCACAGAGGAUAUGCCAAACUUGUGGACUUUGGCUUCGCUAAAAAGAUUGGAUUUGGGAAGAAAACGUGGACAUUCUGUGGAACGCCGGAGUAUGUAGCCCCAGAGAUCAUACUGAAUAAAGGCCAUGACAUCUCAGCAGACUACUGGUCAUUGGGAAUUCUUAUGUAUGAACUCUUGACUGGAAGCCCACCAUUCUCAGGACCGGAUCCAAUGAAGACAUAUAAUAUCAUUUUAAGAGGAAUCGACAUGAUAGAAUUUCCAAAGAAGAUCACCAAAAAUGCAGGCAAUCUAAUUAAAAAACUAUGCAGGGACAAUCCGUCUGAGAGGCUAGGAAACUUGAAAAAUGGAGUCAAAGAUAUCCAAAAGCACAAAUGGUUUGAAGGCUUUAACUGGGAAGGCCUGCGCAAAGGAACUCUCACACCUCCAAUUAUUCCUCAUGUUGCAAGCCCGACUGACACCAGUAACUUUGAUAGCUUUCCUGAGGACAAUGAGGACCCUCCCCCAGAUGACAAUUCUGGCUGGGACACUGAUUUCUAAAACUGAAACUUGUAACAUGCCCUGCCCUGGAGUGUCCCGUGUGGUUCGUCAGCGAAGAGGAGAACGGAUGACGUCUAGCCCAGCUCUGUGACACCAAGUUGCCUUCGCCCACACUUCUGUCCUGCGGUGCCACUGGGGGCUUCUCAGCCCCCCGCCACACCCCACGACUCACGAAAACUGUCCUAAUCAGAAAGACUGGAGUCGAUAUUCCCAACACGGCCUCAGAUAUGGGCUCAGACCACCUCGUGCUGGAGCCGGUGUCUUAAAAAUGAGCCCUUAAUUUUUUUUCUCUGCUGUUUCAUGUUUGACUGAUUGCACAAGUAGUGGUUUCAGGUUUUAGGUCUGGGUCUUAAAAACAGAAUCAUAAGUAGAGACAGUACUAUGAUCUGGACUGAAUAUUGAUAAUUUUUCUACGACGUGAGGGUGAGCAAAUGAUAACAGGUUUUGCUAUUUUUUUUGUGGACUAUCCCUUUAAAUGUUUUUUUUUUCUUUCUUUCUUUCUUUUAAAGGCUUCUGAAUACAUUUAGUUUGUAUUAUGGGAAACUUGCAAGUUUUAAUUUUUUUUAAGACAAUGGGAAUCCAAUCAAAUAAUAAAUUAGACUCAAUACAGUUUGUGCUCCACUAGAGGGCAGGCUUUUUAUUAAAAUACACACUGUACUUCCCCAGAGGAAGGGCAGUCAAGUCGCCGCAUCCCUGAUAAAAUGUGGGUAAGAUCGGAAUUGUGUUUAUGAAGUUACAUAAUCAGCUCUAUUACUGAUACGAGACAUAACUGUCUGAAUAUUUUCUCCUGUCAUUUUCACCAAUCAUAUUCAUGACUCGACUCAUUUAAACAAUGACGAGAAGACUGCCUGUAGUCUAUAAUAGCUUGAACACAAAGUGCUGUGCUGGAAAACCAAUUAUGUAAUCUUAUUUAUUGUAGGACCAGGGGUAAAUGUUUAUGUAUAUAUAUAUAUAUACACACAGUGGUAAUAUUUUUGUGAUAUUUGUAGAGAUUUAUUGUCCGAGUAAAACUAGUCCUAUUGCCUUUUUUUGGGGGGGAAUACAUUUUACCUGUAAGCUAUUUUAGUUCUCUGUUAUCUUUACUUUUCAAGAUGGAUAUUCUGUGCUCACCAUAUAUCUUUUGGCAAUAUUGAAAGUGCCUUAACACAAUGACAUCCAUAAUUCAC